AUGGGGUUGCAGUUUGUUCCAGUUUGUGUUUUGGGUUGGAGAUUUCGAGGUUUUCAAAGGUCAACGUUGGGUCGCCUUGCACAGGUGGUCUCAAAGAUUUCCGCCUCUGCCCACCAGCCUCAACAACGUCGACCACGACCACAACCACGGCUGGGCCAACCACGACCACAACCACGGCUGAGCCAACCACGACCACAACCACAGCUGGGCCAACCACGACCACCACCACCACCAUCACCACCACCACCACCACCAGCACCACCAGCAGUUGAGUGUCCUUCCGGCUCCCUUCCCUACAACUUCAGCUUCCGGCCCGGCAUGGGAAGGCAGCUGUCAUUCAACGAGGAAAUUGUGACCGACAGUGGUGUUUUCUUCGCUGGCGUUUCCUUGCCUCCAUCGCCGACACCCUGCAUUGGGGCCGGCAUUUGGACCCCAAUAACCAACCUGAAUGAUGGUGAUUUGUUGGGCUGUCCGGACAAUGGAAACAAUGCAAUCAACGGAGUGAACGGAGACGGCUGCAACCUGCUGGUGGUCCUGGAAGACGAAAGCCAGCUGAAUGACACCAGCAACAUUAAGAUCGAUGAUUGCAGACAAGGUGGUAGCAUUAUCUCUUUGCAGCUCGUUCCGCCACAGCCGGUGCUGUCAUAUAGCUUUUGGGACAACGAAAAUGGUGAAGGCUCCUUGUUCACCUGGCAGAAUGAGAACGGAGCAUCAAACACGGUCAACAUUCCCGUCUCCGGCAACAACAAUGGCGUCACCGAGGACAUCUCCACGAACCAACAGUUGCCACCGAACGAUGUCCAGUUUGUGAAUGUGACUUAUGGCGGAUCAGGUGGUCUGCAAACUUUGCGGCUUUGCAGCACCACCACGACGACACCAAUGGUAAACGAGCCGCCGCCGACCACCACGGGAGCAGUGGUGGAGGGUGAUCCUCACAUCCACACCUUUGAGGGAGAGAGAGCAACUAAUCAGGAGUUGCAACAAGGUAUGGAAGAGAUGAAAAAGGCGCAAGAAAGGCUUGAAAGGGAAGCAAAAGAAAGUCAGGAGUUGCCCCUGGAAGAUGCCAAAGGAUCAACUGCCUCCGCCCCUGGCCAAGCCAAUCCAGGUGAUAGUCAGCCAGGAACUGUGAGAACUCCGGCGACAAUAGAAGGACCUCGGAAAGAAGAGGCCAACAGGCAUCGCAGAACUUUGAGACAAGGAGGAUUUGCUUUGCACUUGUUUUCAGGAGAUGAAGAAGGCUAUACUCUGAAGAGAUCAAUCAAGGGCCAAGGUGGGCCCCACCAGCGACUGUUGGAAAUUGACAUCAAGCACGGGCCAUCACAUGACCUUUUGAAAGGGAAUGGCCCUUAUGCUGCGCUGUUGAGGGCAGCAGUAGAAGGAAAGAUCCUUUCAGUGAUUGGUGGCCCCAACUGCAGGAGCCGAAGCGUUUUGCGACAUCGUCCAGUACCUGGCCAGCCUGAUGCUCCGAGGCCAAUUAGGUGUUGGGAUGGAGGUGAAUUUGGAGCACCCUGGAUCACUUCAAAAGAAGAAGCGAUGUUGCGAGAGGAUGAUGUGUUGAUGUGGCGCAUGCUGUUUUUGUUCAUGGUUGCCGAGUACACCAGACGAGCGCAGAUGAAAGUUGACCCUGUACAUCUGGUGCUUGAGCAGCCAGCUUCACCAAAGUCCUAUGAACCAGAGGCAGUCUCAUUUUGGGACACCAAAGAAUGGAAAGGGAUCCGAGAUGAGUUCAAGCUCAAUGAGGUGACCUUCAAUCAAGGGAAUCUUGGAGGUUUGGCACCAAAACCAACGACCCUUGGCACCACCUUUGACCUGUGCAUGGAAGACUAUGAAAGACCACUUCAACGUGAUCAAGAGGUCAAGAGUUCCAAGCAACUGGAGAGGUGGGCUCCGGGGUUGAUGGAUGCAGUUGGUGCCGCAACAGUCAAAGAGGUUUUCAAACAAACACCUCAGUUGAAGGAGGAAGAAGGAGGGUUAGAAGAAGCUCCAGCUCUCGAGGCUUUACAGGAUGACGGCGGUGAGUGCCGGGGGGUUGCGGAGGAGUGGCAACAACCCGAACGCCUCCCGCCCAACGCGGUGGGCAUGGUAAGGGGAGAUCAAUCAUCUCCCCGGCGACCUCCACCUGCGGAAGCUGAGGAGCUGGCAGAGGAAAAAAGGGAGGAGGAACAGGAUGAUGGCGGUGAGUGCCGGGGGGUUGCGGAGGAGUGGCAACAACCCGAACGCCUCCCGCCCAGCGUGGUGGGCAUGGUAAGGGGGGAUCAACUAUCUCCCCGGCGACCUCCACCCGCUGAUGCUGAACAGCCAGUUGAGGCUCAGGAGGAGGAGGAAAAGGUCGAAGGUCCGGAAGAGCCGGAUCCAAAAGAAGAGCUUGAGAUGCGAGUCUUCAAGAUGGCACUUCCCAUGCGAUCCAAAAAGGCCAAAGAGGUGACGAGGGCGGCUAUGGAGAUGAUCCUCAAGUUGAAAAUGGAUGGAUACCAAGUAUCAAGGAUUCACUCAGACAGAGGCCAUGAAUUCCUUGGAAGCUUUGAGACAUGGAUGAAGGCGAGAGGCAUCCUUCUCACGAGAACGUCUGGAGACGAUCCAAGAGCCAAUGGAAGAGCUGAAGCCACGGUGAAGUCAGUGAAAAACCAGAUCAGAAGGAUCCUGAUGCAUGCUGGAGUUGGGUCGCAAUGGUGGCCCUGGGCAUUGCGAUAUUUGAAUGAGGUUUACAGAUGCCAAAGGCUGGACAAGGUUCCUGACUUCCCAUUGUUUCUGCAAGAUGUUUUGGUGAGGAGGAGACGAUGGAAGAAGCAGGCGUUUGAGCCAACAGUUGAGGUUUCAAAAUAUUUGGGUCCAGCGCCAGAGGAGAAUGGACACUGGAUCAAGGCUGGAGAUGAGGCACCACGAGUCACACGGUGUUUCAUGAGAAAAGCUUUGGAACGACCAGAUGAAGGUGUCUGGCUUGCAGUAGAGCGAGAAGUUUUGGAUGCGCUGACAAAGAGGAGGAGAUUGAGAGGAAAGACCACGGUUAGAAGGCUUCAGAUGGAAGAACCUGAGAAUGAUGAAGAGGAGGAAGCGGCCAAAGUCGCAAAGAUGCGGAUGCAGUUUACAAAGGUAGUGGAGGAGGAGAUGAAAAUGAUGCUGGAAGAUGAUCAAGAGUUGAUCACAGAAGAGAUAGAAAUCUUGGCGUCUCUCAAGAAGAUCCUGAACUCACAGGAAGUCAAUGAGGACGACGAGAUCUUGCAGACCAAGAUCAUUUCACUGCAGGAAGUGUCCAAGAAGUGGCAGGAAUGGCUUCCUGCUAUAGAUGCAGAGGUGAGUUCACUUCUUGAAGAAAAAGAGGCGAUGGAGGAAGUGAGUGGUGAAAAGCUGGAGGCCCUUCUCAAGGAGGCUGAAGAGAAAGGCAUGCAGGUUGAGUUUUUGCCGUCCAAGCUGGUGUGCACGAAAAAGCCUGGAAAGAAAGGUGGCCGCAACAAGAUUCGAUGGGUCAUUUGCGGCAAUUUUGAACAGGUGAAAGAAGGUGAGAACACCUUUAGCUCUGGCGCUGAUGCAUCAGCACUACGACUUUUGGUGGUCACGGCCUCAAAACAUCAGUGGGCGGCCGGGACCGUUGACAUCAAGACUGCCUUUUUGAAUGCCAGUAUGGAUCCACAAGACCAGCCCAGUUUGUUGCUGGUGAAACCUCCACCGCUGCUUUUGGAGAAACGAUACAUGAAGGCAGGCACAUACUACCUUCCGAAGCGAGCUGUCUAUGGGCUCCGCAGAUCCCCACGGCUUUGGGGCGACUGCCGCGAUGAGGGCCUUCACCACAUGAAGGUUCAUGUCCAAGAAGGAGAACGAGAUCUCACAUUGAGGCUGAUCCCAUUGGACUCUGAACCCAAUCUCUGGCGCAUUGAGGAGGCGGUCAUGACGAGCAUCAGAAAGCUGUGGACCACAUCUGAACCAGAUCAGGUGGGAGUCAAACCAAUCAGGUUCUUGGGGGUGGAAAUAUCAAAGGUUUUUGACCAAGAGAAGGGCCGUGACAUUUGGUACAUCGGCCAGCAGUCCUACAUCAAGGAGCUCCUAGCCCAAGAUGAGGAUGAAGUUUUGGAGCGAAAGAUCCCCAUCACCAAGGAUCAGAGUCAGUUUGCAGCGGAGGAGAAAAAGACCCCCGACUUGAUCAAGGCUGCACAGAAGGCCACGGGAGAGAUGCUGUGGCUUGUGACGCGCACCAGAGCUGAUUUGAUGUAUGCAGUUUCGAGGAUGGGGUCCAAUGUCACAAAGGCCCCUCAAAAGGUUCUUCAAAUCUACCAACAGAUCAAAGGAUACCUCAAGAAGACAUGGAAGUUGGGCCUGCGUUUUGAUGCAGCAGGUCAAGAUCCGGUCAUGAUUGAGGCUUUUUCAGACGCCAGUUUUGCACCAGAAGGUGAGGUGAGCCAUGGAGCCUUUUUGGUGAAGGUUGCUGGAUGUUUGGUUUUUUGGAGGAGCGGAAGGCAGAGUUUCAUCACCCUGUCGACGGCAGAGGCAGAGAUGAUGGAAAUUAUGGAGAGCAUGGUAGCUGGGGAGUCAAUAGGAGCGAUAGCUGAUGAGCUUUAUGGAGAGCUCCACCGAAAAUCGUGGACAGACUCUCAAGCUGCCCUUUCAAUCCUCUCUUCAGAUGGCGGAUCAUGGAGAACCAGACAUCUCCGUCUUCGAGCAGCAGCUGCGAGACAGUCGAUCAACCAAGGGAAUUGGUCGAUUCAACAUCAACCAGGAAACAAGAUGACGGCGGAUAUCGGCACGAAGCCUCUGUCGUCAGAGCGGAUCAAGGUUUUGAGAGAAGAAAUGAACAUGUUUGAAGUUCCAAGCACUGAAAAGGAGGAAGAAGAGAAGAACGUGGACGAGAGCGUCUCAAGGUUGAGAGAGGGAGCUGGAGCUGACCUUGAGAAGGCAGCUGUGGCUUCAAGGUUGAGAGAGGGAGCUGGAGCUGACCUUGAGAAGGCAGCUGUGGCUUCAAGGUUGAGAGAGGGAGCUGGAGCUGACCUUGAGAAGGCAGCUGUGGCUUCAAGGUUGGGAGAGGGAGCUGGAGCUGACCUUGAGAAGGCAGCUGUGGCUUUGAGGUUGAGAGAAGGAGCUGGAGCUGACCUUGAGAAGGCAGCUGUGGCUUUGAAGCUGCUGACACUUGCAGCAGUUUUGUCAGUAGCGAAAGGAGAAGAAGAGGAGGAAUCAGAUCAAGAUGGAAUGAUGGAAUUCAACAUGAUGAUGGCCGUAUUCACCGUGAUGGUGAUCGGGGCUACGUUGGCGAUUCAAUGCUUGUGGAAGGCUUGGACAGAGAGGCUGAGAACCAGAGUGCGAAGUCAGGCUGGAUCGGCCAAUCAAGGCCUUGUUGCAGAAAGAAAAGGAAAAGGAAAAGGUGGUGAGAGCCGGGGGGUUGCGGAGGAGUGGCAACAACCCGUACGCCUCCCACCUAGUGCGGUGGGCAUGGUAAGGGGAGAUCAAACAUCUCCCCGGCGACCUCCACCAAGCACUGGUGCGGUGGGUAUGGUAAGGGGAGAUCAACUAUCUCCCCGGCGACCUCCACCAAGCACUGAAGGGCAGGGAGCGACAUUGCCCCAGUCGCCGUCAAGGUUUGAAGACCCAUCCAGCGAAUCUUCUGAGGAGCGUCCAUAUCGUCCACUGGAUGAACGACACAUCCCCGAAGUGGACAUCGAAGGCGAGUUGCUCAGAAUUGCUGAAGAAGAAGCGAUGGUGCUGGAUGUGCAGAGCGAUUUCUCUGCAGACUCGUGGAAGACCCCCUCCUGGAGUUCCUUUGUGGGUUGA